AAAUUAAUAUUUUCCUAAAUUUACCGUUUUUAAAAUCUAAACAUUAAAAUGUCAUGAAACUGAAAUAUGAAUGCGAUUUCUUGGGAAUCAUAUUCUCUACAAAAUUUUGUGAAAAUGAACUUAUGAUUCUGCAAACGUUCGAUAAACUGAAAUCCAAAAUAAUUAUUAACAUCGUGUGAUUUUACGUACAUUUUCCGUAUUUGUUUCUCCUUUAAAUCAGACCUUAAAAUCUCAUAAAUGAUGUCUGAGACGAAGUAGUCUCUGUGUUGUAUGGACAGUAAUCAUGAAUUAAAGCAAUGUACAAGUUGGAACAUGCUGAUUGCACAAUUUUCGUUUUCUUUUUUUUUCUGUAUGAAUAACUAAACAAAAUUAUUAGAAUUAAUCGGCGAUGAUUUAAUCCAUUAAUUUUUUAAUUAAUAAUUUUAAUAAGAAUAUAUUAUGGAGGCUUGCAAAGAAUUGAAAGAAAAGUACGAUCGUUGUUUUAAUGAUUGGUUCUCUGAGAAAUUUCUACGUGGAAUCAAUGACGAUAGUGAAUGUGCACAUUUACUUAAAGUUUAUACCAAAUGUGUAGCGCAAGCCAUGAAAGAUCAGAACAUAAAUCUGGACGAAGUGAAUGUAGCACAUUUGGGAACCGAACAAGAGAAGAAAACUGAGAAUUGACAAUUAUGAUUUUAAUAGGAUUUUCUCUUAAUUUUUCUUAUGGAUGUGUUAUAUAUAUAUUAAUAUUAAAUAAAUCAUUAUUUUUAUCAUAAAACAA